ACUUCGCCCUCCAUGCCGCUCAAGCCACGUCGGUCUACAUACUCCACCGCAUCCGAGGCGCAGCCUUUCACAUACCGUCUUGCAGCCGCAUCGUCGCCAAAAACCGGGCCUGCGAGGCCACCGAAGCUGGGACGAGACUACUGGCAAUAUGCUUCCACGCAUGUAAAUCCCUCUCCGCCAUAUCUGCGGUCGACCAAGAAAGAUUCGGGAGAAGAUGCAUUCUUCGCGACCACAAUCGGCGGAAGCCCGCAUCACGUUGCAUUUGGAUUGGCGGACGGUGUCGGUGGAUGGCAAGAGUCAGGAGUAGACCCUUCGGUAUACAGCCAAGCUCUCUGUGGUCUCAUGGCUGGAACGGCGAACAUACACGAAGGUACUGAGGAAGGAAAGCCUUGCAGAGCUCGAGAGCUCUUACAGACUGCGUACGAUGCGGUCAUGGCCAACCCUCGUAUCCCCGCUGGCGGGUGUACUGCCAGUCUGGGAGUUGCAGACGCGACAGGUAAUAUUGAAACAGCAAAUCUUGGAGAUUCAGGUUAUUUGAUUUUCGGCCCUGGAAGAGUGGCCCAUCGAUCGGUCGUUCAAACUCACGCAUUUAAUACCCCUUAUCAGUUCUCAAAGGUACCAGCGAAGAUGCAGGCCCAGUAUGCGAUUUUUGGAGGAUCUACACAUUACAGCGAAACCCCAGCUCAGGCAGACGUAUUCAUUCACCAGCUCAAGCACGGCGAUAUAGUAAUGUUCGCGACCGAUGGCGUCUGGGAUAAUCUGUCGGCGCAGGAUACCCUGGCGAUUGUCACGCGUGUCAUGGAGGGUGGAGGAUAUUGGUCGAAGUCGAACAAUGGUGCGGAGACCAUGCUCAACGAUACACUCAUUCAAGCGUUACCACGGACGAUUGACGACACAACCUCGCAAAACUACCUCCCAGGGAUACUUGCUGCUGCGGUGAUGCGUGAGGCCAAGAUGGCUGGGUUGGACAGGCGACGGAACGGCCCUUUCGCGAAGGAGGUGAAGCAGUACUAUCCAGACGAACCAUGGGAAGGCGGAAAAGCGGACGACAUUGCGGUGGUGGUUGCUGUUGCAGUUCAGGAGAUGGAUGGUGAGCCGGACACGAAGCCAAUCAAAGCAAAGCUAUGAGGAAUCGUAUUUCGACAUGUGCAAGACGCACGAUCGGUCACCGCAUGAUUUUGCACUGGGUGAACUCUGUGGUGUGCUCUCGGCGACGAACAGAGUUCAGGACAUGUGAAUGGGCUCGGCAGAACCUGGAGAGACUCUAUCGCCGUGGUCUUGGAAACGUUCCUUGCGACGCGUGGUCGCACCAAAAUGCGGUGCGUCCGUCAGACUCCACCCGCGUCGCACCGCCGCACGCUACAGCGAAAUCUCGGCCCCCCCAGCGAAUGGACUGGUCGAUUCGUGGCGAACUUCUAAAGACUCGUCGAUUUUACUUCGCUAUGCAAGGCCACUCGCAGCAGACCCCGCGCUGUGCAAUAUAUGACGGCGUGUCAUUGUGAUCAAUUUCAUGAUGUCCGGCAGUUGUGGGAGAUUUGUGGCCCCGCAUCGGCCGCUCCUGCGACACUCUAUACGCGACGAGCACCGCAUCUAGGCCGGGAGAGUGCAGACCAAGGGAGGAGACAUAUAACACUUGACAUGCCAAACGGACGAGCACAUGAAGAGCUGUCGUCCCUCGUGA